AUGGCUCCUCGCAGAAGGAACGUUACUCUCGCAGCCGCCUCCGCAGUCGCGCUUUUAGGAGCUGCGUCGCUUGUCGUGACCACAUAUCCUCAUUUAUUGGAAAGAUUACCGUGGUGGAAAAAGAAGUCCGCCACCGAGAACAAAGAAUCCGAGCAAGACUCGUCUGCCGAGACGGCAGAGAAUAUUGGCGACUCGACUGUUGUUGUGCAAGAAAACCAGUUGACUGAGAAGGAGCUCAAAGAGGUCCUCAAAGAGAAAGCGAUACCUAUUCCUGAAGGUGCUACUCUUGAUGACCUUAUCGCCCUUGCUGAUAAGGCUAAAUCUGUAUAA